AUGGAGGAAGAGGGCCCAAUCCGAUCGAUUGACUGCCCUGGCAUCAAGGCGCAGCCGGAAUUGGCGAGACACCUACGCGAAGAGGUCGCACACCUUCUGAACAGAGACAAACUCGACUUUCCUGGGGCGCAACCAGUUAGUUUCAGAAAGCCCCAUCUGGAGGAACUGCACCGACAAGACUAUUUCGUAUGCGAGAAGUCGGACGGCAUUCGCUACUUGCUCUACCUCACCAACAACGAGAACAAUGCCGAGACGCACUACCUGAUCGAUCGAAAGAAUGACUACUGGUUUGUGAAGGGAAAUUUGCACUUCCCAAGACCUGCUGGGGAGGAAACAUGGCAUAAGGAUACCAUUCUGGAUGGGGAGCUUGUCAUCGACAAUGUUGAUGGCCGGAAAGAGCCAAGAUAUUUAGUGUUUGACUGCCUUGUCAUGGAUGGACAGAACUUCACGCAACGAGACCUGUCGAAACGACUUGGCUACUUCCAAAAUGAAGUAUUCCAGCCAUACAAGCGGCUCCUUGAGAAGUACCCGCAAGAGAAGCCAUACAUGCCAUUCUUCCUCGAGAUGAAGGAUAUGCAGGUUGCCUACGGUAUCGAGAUGAUGUUUAGGCAGAUUAUCAAGAAUCUGAAGCAUGGGAACGACGGCUUGAUCUUCACCUGCUUGGCAACCCCAUACCAGUUUGGCACUGACAAGCACAUCCUCAAAUGGAAGCCAGCGGAUGAGAACACGGUGGACUUCCAGUGGAAGUUCACUUUCAGUUUGGUCGAGCCAAACGCAACCGAGCGUGCCCAGGGUAUUACGGAACCAUUUUAUGACUACAACGCAGUACCGAAAGUUGAGCUGCUAGCCUACUACGGGGGCAACGGCCCCGGUGGGUACAGACACUAUGGUGAACUUUACCUGACGGAAUCCGAAUGGGAGGAACUGAAAGCACUCGGCGACCCGUUGGACGAGCGCAUCAUCGAGGCGUAUAUGGACGACCAAAAUCGCUGGCGAUUCUACCGUUUCCGAGACGACAAACAACACGGUAACUUCAUUAAAGUCGUCGAUGCCGUGCUGGAAAGUAUUCGGGAUGGUGUAUCCAAGGAGGAUCUGAUUGGUGCGGCCAAAACAAUUCGCGACAACUGGAAGCGACGAGAGCAGGAGCGACGGCGAUAG